GGUCUGGGAUAUGGGGGGAGGUCUCCGGCCUGGGUUCUGUGCCGGCUCGUGUGGUGACCUGGGAGUUGGAGAAGAUAACUGGCGUGGGCAGUCCCCUAAGAUGCCCGUCCUUCCGCGUGGCCUUGGUGGGAGGGGACUGGCGGGGCUGGUUCAGGUGUUGAGCCCAGGGAUGGUCACCACGGAAAGCCGCCUGGGAGGUGCUUCCUGCAGGCGUCCUUUUGUCUACAUGCAGCUCAGCUUGGGGCCUCCUGAGAACUCCUGAGCAGAUGGGGAAAUGCAGGCUGCAAAGGCCAAGUAGCUUGUCAAGGUCAUGCAUUCGACAGCGGAAAGCCCGCGUUUGAACGCUGCUGAUCUGAAUCUGGAUCUGGCUCUGGCUGCGGAGGGGGACGGGCGGGAGGGGCUGGGCUGGGCGCUCUGGAGCUCUGUGUUGCAGUAGGAAUAUGCACGGUUAUUGGUACCUGCCUCUACUGCCGGUUGGGAGUGAGCCACUGCCCUGGGGGACACGUUGGGGUUCAGCUCUCCCCAGGGUGGUUGCCAGUCCGAGCCUGAGCCAUGGGGGAGUCCCGGUGGGAGAGCACUAAAAAGGGGAGGCCUUUCCCUGCCAUUGUCACUACUGUGCUGUCAUGUCUGUUGGGGAGCUCUGUGGCUUCCCUUCUCUGUCCCAGUACCUACCCAGUGAGCCCUAUGAGGACACUUUGAGGUUAGUGGAUUCCAUCAUGCAUGGGGCACCUGUGUGAAGGCUCAGGAUGGAGGUGACUGCUUGAUUUUUGAGCACUUGCUGUGUGCUAAGCCUCGGUCCUCAUUUUCCUGGAACUUAUUUCCAAAUGGGGCAAAUGGAUUUUUAAAAGUUCACAGCAGAUUAAGGGGCAUGAAGGAGCCCAGCAGGUUGUGAGAGACCCGGGGUGGCACUGUCCCACAGAGCCCAGGAUAGAACCAAAUAGGGAGGUCCUUGGGGAGGCUGUGGUGAGCCUUGAGGCUGGGGAGGGCCUGUGUGCCAGUCUCUGGGUGAGCUGGGCAGCUGUUAUCUGUGCAGACAGGCUGGAAGGCUGGCCUGGAGCAGGAGGAUGGCAGCGCAGUGUGGAAGGCAGUGUGGCCUGGGGUCCUCUAUCCGUGCUGGCCAGUGUGGUCUGUUUAACUUGAAAUUAAUGAAACUUGAGUAAAUGCAAAGUUCAGUCCCUCAGUCAUAGUAGCCCCAUUUCAGAUGCCCAGCAGCCCCACGGCCAAUGCCUGCUGUGUUGUGUAGAUCAAAUGUCCUGUCUCCUUGCAUGAAAUACACUACACAGCACUGGCCUGCUCCACCCUAUGCACUGGGUGUUUGAGUAAGGCUGGGGUAGGGGAGAUCAAACAGACUCCAGGGCUUUGGUCUUACCUACUGUGGGGGAGUACUGAGAGGGAAGGACUCGCUGGGGGAGUAGGGUGGAAGGGUCACAUGCGCCAUCUUCCUAGCUUCUGCUUGCAGCUCAAGGGCAUUGAGAACCUUCCAUGUGAGCUUCAGAGGAACUUCCAGCUCAUGCGAGAGCUGGACCAGCGGACAGAAGAUAAGAAAGCCGAGAUUGACAUCCUGGCCGCAGAGUACAUAUCCACGGUGAAGACCCUUUCUCCGGACCAGCGUGUGGAGCACCUGCAGAAGAUCCAGAGCGCCUAUAGCAAGUGCAAGGAGUACAGUGACGAUAAGGUGCAGCUGGCCAUGCAGACCUACGAGAUGGUGGAUAAACAUAUCCGAAGGCUCGAUGCAGACCUGGCACGCUUCGAAGCGGAUCUGAAGGACAAGAUGGAGGGCAGUGACUUUGACGGCUCCGGAGGACGAGGGUUAAAAAAAGGUCGGGGUCAGAAAGAAAAAAGAGGCUCCCGGGGUCGUGGCAGGAGGACCUCAGAGGAAGAUACUCCAAAGAAAAAGAAGCAUAAAGGAGGGUCUGAGUUCACCGACACCAUCCUGUCUGUGCACCCCUCCGAUGUGCUGGACAUGCCUGUGGACCCAAAUGAGCCCACGUACUGCCUGUGCCACCAGGUGUCCUAUGGGGAGAUGAUAGGCUGCGACAACCCAGACUGUCCUAUUGAGUGGUUUCACUUCGCCUGCGUGGAUCUGACCACGAAACCCAAAGGAAAAUGGUUCUGUCCACGGUGCGUUCAGGAAAGGAGGAAGAAGAAGUAAGGUGGAUGCCUGGACCAGAAGAGCAAGUUAAUAUAUUCCUUCUUCACGUUGCAAUAUUUUCUCUUCAUUUUAAAACUACCUUGUUUCCAAUGAUAUUUAAGAACUCAGUGGCCAGUUGUAAUUCUGGAGACUUCCUAAAACAAACAAGAAUCCUCCUGAGCCCUGUUUGCACGAGGAGUGGUCUUACGGGGACUCGUCAUGGUGACUUUGUUCUGGAGACGUGGUACCGGCUCUGUGCCGGGGAGCUGAGCCUUCCAUGGGCGCCGUGGUGGGGACCGUCCAGCCCAUGCACUGCCGUCCCUCUGCAGCUGAGGCGCAAGCCCGCGUGCUCCGUCCUGCUUUGCUGGGGCUGCGCCAGCACGUCGGGCAGCGUAUCUGUCCCCUGCAAGGCCUUGCUGGAGUCGUCUGCUGUGUUCGGGCUCUGCACCGGGGCCCAUGGCCUUGCCUGGGCAGGGUGGGCUCCCCUUGGGGGCGGAGCGCUCUGUUUCACUGUGCACUGCCAUUUCCGUCUGAGCUCCCCGUUCCCUCCGUGAGGGUUUCAUCUUCUGGAGUAGACGCUCUCUGUCAGCACACAGCAGUCGUUCCCGUGACUGGCCCGAGGGAGCCGUGUGACAGACAGCGGGUGCGCCGUUUCUCUGGGAAUUCCUGACAUUUUUACUGUGAAGAUGAAAUUAUCAUAACAGCAUGGAGAUCGUGGGUCCGUGUGUCUGUGAAGUGAGUCUAGUCCAGUGAGACCUGAUUUAAACCUGUUCUGUCGCACACGGGUCCGUCAGCAGCUCCUGUCCAAGGGGACGACGAUCAUGUGAUACGAUUUGUGAAUUUCUUGUGCCACGCAGUCCUGGAAUGAAGCUGGCAAACUAGAGUGUGUCUUCUGUUUAAUCUGCACUCACCAAACCAGUCCUGAACCAUGUUUUUGGGAAUAGUUGGGGGAAAUUACAUAUGCUUGGUGUGUUGCGAUCCAUUUGUGAUGGUGCGUAGUGUGACUUCUGGGAACAUGCGUGGACUUGGAGACCCUCCGGCACACGUGUCUAAAGGAGUCCGAGGAGUCCUGAAGAAAGGGAAACCUGUUUCUGUCCUCGAGGCAGGAAAAGAAAUCCAGGAGGCAGGGUCAAGAUGUGAAAUUCCUAACUGACGAAGAAUCUUGCCUUCUUUAUCAGGAGGCCUUCUGGAAUGGUGCACCUGCUUCCUGCAGUGGCCGUGUCUACCAUAUGUUCCCACCUUUUCUCUAAUAUUUCACCAAUGGCAGGAGAUGACGUGGAGAGAAACUUGGGGGACUGUGUCCUGCAUGGCCACUCCUCACCAAGGCCGUUUCCAGUCAGUAAAUGAGAGGUGAAUGUUAGCUUUGACAUCAGAGGGCUGUGAGCCCCUAUCUGUGGUUCUCAGCGGGUCGGCCGGUGCCCCACAUGCUGUCCCACCAUCCCUUCGGGGCUUCCAGGGCACUGCAGGUGGGGUCAGUUCGGCCCACCCUUUCUGUCCCGUGCUGCAUGGUUAGGGUAGGGGGUCAGCAGCUGGCCUGACGAGCUAUUCCAGAGCCGAUGCCUUCCUGCUGCCCAGAAAGGAGGAGUGGGGGGCUCAGGAGGAGCACCGGCCGGCUCGCACUCCUCAGUCUCAGCUGUGGCCAAAAACGAGGCUCGUUUGUAUUUAGUCACUUAGAUUUUUGUUAACACAGCUGUUUAAAGAUUGUGGGGAAUAAAUUGUGGAAAACUGUUUCCUUCA